GGGCGCGCGCGCGGGGGAGGGGCGGCCUCAGUGAGGCGCUCGGGGAUCAGCUGGCGGGCGGGCGCCUAAGUGGCCCCGGCUCUGCGGCAGCGCCGCCUCCUCCGCGUCGCAGGCAGGCGGCCGUGGCCAUGUCGCGGGGCUGGUAGCUGGGCUCGGCGCCUAGCCGCCGCUAGUUUAAACUUAAACGAUCGCUCUCCGAGGAGGAGGGGACCCAUCGCGCGAUUGACAGUAUAUUCCUGCAGGCGCCUUCCCUCAGCCCCCACCCCACGGCCGGAUUCCCGUGGCUCUGCUCCGGGCUGAAACCCGAGAAGAAAUCCUUAGAUCUCUUUUCUUUACAACAAAUACGAACCGAGAAACCAUCGGCAUUUUGCCUUGGCGUUUCCUAUUGGAAAGAUGAAGAAGUUUUUCGACUCCAGGCGAGAGCAGGGCAGCUCUGGCCUGGGCUCAGGCUCCAGCGGAGGAGGGGGCAGCAGCUCGGGCCUGGGCAGUGGCUACAUCGGAAGGGUCUUUGGCAUUGGGCGGCAGCAGGUCACCGUGGACGAGGUGCUGGCGGAAGGUGGAUUUGCUCUUGUCUUUCUGGUGAGAACAAGCAAUGGGGUGAAAUGUGCCUUGAAACGUAUGUUUGUCAACAAUGAGCAUGAUCUCCAGGUGUGCAAGAGGGAAAUUCAGAUCAUGAGGGACCUAUCAGGGCACAAGAACAUUGUGGGCUACAUUGAUUCUAGUAUCAACAAUGUAAGCAGUGGCGACGUAUGGGAAGUUCUCAUUCUCAUGGACUUCUGCAGAGGAGGCCAGGUGGUAAAUCUGAUGAACCAGCGUCUACAAACAGGCUUUACAGAGAAUGAAGUCCUGCAAAUAUUCUGUGAUACCUGUGAGGCUGUUGCCCGCCUACAUCAGUGCAAAACUCCUAUUAUCCACCGGGACCUGAAGGUUGAAAAUAUUCUCUUGCAUGACCGAGGCCACUAUGUCUUGUGUGACUUUGGAAGUGCCACCAACAAAUUCCAGAACCCACAGGCCGAGGGAGUCAAUGCAGUAGAAGAUGAGAUUAAGAAAUACACAACAUUGUCCUAUCGAGCCCCAGAAAUGGUCAACUUGUACAGUGGCAAAAUCAUCACUACAAAGGCAGACAUUUGGGCUCUUGGCUGUUUGUUGUAUAAAUUAUGCUAUUUCACUUUGCCAUUUGGGGAGAGCCAGGUGGCAAUUUGUGAUGGAAGCUUCACAAUUCCUGAUAACUCUCGAUAUUCUCAAGACAUGCAUUGCCUUAUUAGAUAUAUGUUGGAACCAGACCCUGACAAAAGGCCAGAUAUUUACCAGGUUUCUUACUUCUCAUUUAAACUGCUCAAGAAAGAAUGCCCAAUUCCAAAUGUACAGAACUCUCCCAUUCCUACAAAACUUCCUGAACCAGUGAAAGCCAGUGAGGCAGCUGUAAAAAAGACCCAGCCAAAGGCCAGACUGACAGAUCCCAUUCCCACCACAGAGACUUCAAUCGCACCCCGCCAGAGGCCUAAGGCUGGGCAGACUCAGCCAAACCCAGGAAUCCUUCCCAUUCAGCCAGCCCUGACUCCUCGUAAGAGGGCCACUGUUCAGCCCCUACCUCAGGCUGCAGGGCCCAGCAAUCAGCCUGGCCUUCUAGCUAGUGUUCCCCAACUUAAAGCCCAGCCUGCACCCAGUCAACCUCUUCAACAAUCUCAGCCCAAGCAGCCACAAGCUCCAACCACCCCACAGCAGACACCUUCUACCCAGACCCAAGGUCUGCCUCCCCAGGCCCAGGCCACUCCCCAGCACCAGCAACAGCUCUUCCUUAAGCAGCAGCAGCCACAGCAGCAGCAGCCACAGCAGCAGCAGCCACAGCAGCAGCAGACAGUACCACAGCAGCCAGCAGGCACCUUUUACCAUCAGCAGCAACAGCAGCAACAGGCUCAGACACAGCAGUUUCAGGCAGGCCAUCCAGCAGCCCAGCAGCCAGUCACUGCUCAGUUCCCUGUGGUGUCCCAGGGAGGCUCUCAGCAGCAGCUGAUACAGAACUUCUAUCAGCAGCAGCAACAGCAACAGCUGAUGACUCAGCAGGCUGCCCUGCAGCAGAAGACUGCUGUGGUAGUACCACAGCCUCAGGCACAGCCAGCCACUGCCCCGGAGCCUGCGGUAAGAACCAGUGUGUGUCAGAUCCAAGCUCCAGCAAGACAACAGCCAAAGGUUCAGACAACUCCACCUCCAACCAUCCAGGGUCAGAAAGGUGGAUCUCUCACUCCUCCAUCAUCCCCCAAAACCCAACGUUCUGGGCACAGGAGGAUUCUCAGUGAUGUAACACACAGUGCAGUCUUUGGGGUUCCUGCCAGCAAAUCAACCCAGCUGCUCCAGGCAGCUGCAGCUGAGGCCAGCCUCAAUAAAUCUAAGUCUGCAACCACCACUCCCUCAGGCUCUCCACGGACCUCGCAGCAGAAUGUCUCCAGUGUUUCAGAAGGUUCAACAUGGAACCCUUUUGAUGAUGACAACUUCUCCAAACUCACAGCUGAAGAGCUGCUGAACAAGGACUUUGCCAAGCUUGGGGAAGGAAAGCUUCCUGAGAAGCUUGGUGGCUCAGCAGAGAGUUUGAUCCCAGGCUUCCAGUCAACGCAAGGGGAUGCUUUUGCCACAUCCUCAUUUUCUGCUGGAACUGCUGAAAAAAGGAAGGGUGGGCAGGCUGUGGACUCUGGCAUCCCACUUCUAAGUGUGUCUGAUCCUUUCAUUCCUCUUCAAGUACCUGAUGCUCCAGAAAAACUAAUCGAGGGACUCAAAUCUCCUGAUACUUCUCUUCUGCUCCCUGACCUCUUGCCUAUGACAGAUCCUUUUGGCAGCACCUCUGAUGCUGUGAUUGAAAAGGCUGAUGUUGCUGUUGAGAGUCUCAUACCUGGACUGGAGCCACCUGUUGCUCAGCGCCUCCCAUCUCAGACGGAGUCUGUGACCUCGAACCGCACAGACUCUCUCACUGGGGACGACUCCCUGCUUGAUUGUUCUCUGCUCUCUAACCCCACUGCUGACCUUCUGGAAGAGUUCGCCCCCAUAGCGCUCUCUGCUCCUGCUCACAAAGCUGCAGAAGAUAGUAAUCUCAUCUCAGGUUUCGGUGUCACUGAGGGCUCGGAAAAGGUGGCAGAAGAUGAGUUUGACCCUAUUCCUGUACUGAUAACCAAAAACACACAAGGUGGGCACUCUAGAAACAGCAGUGGGAGCUCUGAGUCCAGUCUUCCCAACCUAGCCAGGUCUUUGCUGCUGGUGGAUCAGCUCAUAGACCUGUAGCCGUGAGCCAGUAGCAGACGCAGUUCUGUAAUCUUCAUGCCGUAAUACACAUUUUCAUUACGGAGUUAUGAGAAAAAUGAGUU